ACAAGAAAAAACACAAUACACGCGUAAAAACAUAAAGCGGACAGUGUAUCUAUCUAUCAUCUUCUUUAUCCCUUCCGCGAAAAUGUCGACCUUCACCAAACUCCACCACUUCACCUGUAACUCUAACCUAACCCUCAUCCCAACCACUAACCGCCCACUCUCCUCCGCCACGUCAGUAUCCCCGUCAUUUCCGGCCAAAUUCGCCCCCGCCGGCGCCGGAAAACACCAAACUCGGCUCCGACGGUGGAGAUCCAGAUGCUCUGUCUCAACAUUCAAUCCGCCGGCGAAGGACCUGAACUCCGACGGCGGGAAGGCGGUGCUCGACUGCGUGAUCGUCGGCGCCGGAAUUAGUGGACUGUGUAUUGCGCAGGCGUUGGCGACGCAACACAAGGAUGAGUUUAGCAAUGUGAUCGUGACGGAGGCCAAGGAGAGAGUUGGCGGGAAUAUUACGACGGUGGAGAGGGAUGGAUUCUUGUGGGAGGAAGGGCCGAAUAGCUUUCAGCCUUCUGAUCCUAUGCUUACUAUGGUGGUGGACAGCGGGUUGAAAGAUGAUUUAGUCUUAGGAGACCCUGAAGCACCUCGUUUUGUGUAUUGGAAAGGUAAAUUGAGGCCUGUACCAUCGAAGCUCACUGAUUUACCCUUCUUUGACUUGAUGAGUUUCGGUGGCAAACUUAGGGCUGGAUUUGGUGCCCUUGGUCUUCGCCCUUCUCCACCAGGUCGAGAGGAAUCAGUUGAAGAAUUUGUGCGUCGUAAUCUGGGUGAUGAAGUAUUCGAACGCCUCAUAGAACCUUUUUGCUCAGGUGUUUAUGCUGGAGAUCCUUCAAAAUUGAGUAUGAAAGCUGCAUUUGGUAAAGUUUGGAAGCUAGAGCAAAAUGGUGGUAGCAUCAUAGGUGGAGCCUUUAAAGCUAUCCAGGAGAAGAAGAGUUCCUCAAAGCCUCCCCGAGAUCCGCGCUUGCCAAAACCAAAGGGUCAAACGGUUGGAUCAUUUAGGAAAGGCUUGACUAUGUUACCUAAUGCAAUUGCUAAAAGGUUGGGUAAUAAAGUGAAAUUAUCUUGGAAGCUCUCAAGCAUAGAGAAGUUGGAAAAUGAAAGUUACACUUUGACAUAUGAAACACCAGAAGGGCCAGUUACAGUUCAGAGUAAAACUGUCGUCAUGACUGUCCCAUCCCACAUAGCCAGCACUUUACUGCGUCCUGUCUCGGUUGUUGCAGCAGAGGCACUAUCAAAACUUUAUUACCCCCCAGUUGCAGCAGUAUCUGUUUCGUAUCCAGAAGAGGCUGUUCGUACUGAAUGUUUGAUUGAUGGUAAACUAAAGGGGUUUGGACAGUUGAUACCGCGUACCCAGGGGGUGGAAACAUUGGGAACUAUAUACAGCUCGUCGCUUUUUCCUAAUCGAGCACCACCUGGAAGAAUCCUGCUCCUCAACUAUAUUGGCGGGGCAACAAAUACUGGAAUCUUAUCCAAGACUGAGAGCCAACUUGUGGAAGCAGUUGACCGUGACCUGCGAAAGAUGCUGAUAAAUCCUACUGCAAAAGAACCUUUAGCAUUGGGGGUGCGAGUAUGGCCGCAAGCUAUUCCACAGUUCCUAAUCGGUCAUUUGGAUAUUGUGGAUUCUGCGAAAGCUGCUCUCAGUAAUGGUGGGUUUAAGGGUAUAUUUCUCGGGGGAAAUUUUGUCUCGGGUGUAGCUUUGGGUCGAUGUGUGGAGGGUGCCUAUGAAGUUGCAUCUGAUGUUAACAAAUUUUUGCAACAAUAUCAGUACAAGUAAGUAUAGUUUUUGGUAUAAAUUGCUGCAAUUAGUAGUAUGCUCGGAGAAUAGAAAUGACCUGAAUAUAUCACGAUACUCUAAUUGUUGGCUCAAGAGGCCAGAGCUCGGAGUAAAUUUUAUUUGUGAGUAAGUUUGUAAGUUGUCUCUUGAUUCGGAGCUGAAGUAUUGCCAUUCUAGCAUGUAUCCUCUGGCAGUGGUCUAGACGUAAUUUCAGUUUUUUCUAGUGCAAAGUUGUGUAGAUAAUCAACUAUGUAAAGUAUUUGGAUCAAAAUCAUUUCUAGGAUGCACCAAGUCGGGUCUCAUUAUUAGUUAUGCCCACAAUAGAGGUGAAUUUUCUUAUA